AUGGCCACUCUUAGUAAAAAUAUUGUAACUGUUUUUAAAAAGUAUCCUGUAGUUAGGGGCAUGAUAUCAUAUGGUAUAAUGUGGCCCACUUCCUGUUUUAUUCAACAAACUCUUGAAGGAAAACGUUUUGAUUCUGACAAUAAUUAUGACUGGUUGCGUUGUGCACGUUUUGGUUUAUAUGGGUCAUGUUAUGUAGCUCCCACAUUAUAUAGUUGGUUAACUAUAGCUAAUAUUAUGUGGCCUGGAACUUCCGUAAAAGCUGCAUUGUUCAAGACAUUUUUUGAAACUAUAAGCUACACUCCAUUUGCUAUGUGCAGUUUUUAUUUCAGCAUGAGCUUACUAGAAAUGAAAUCUUUCGAUGAAGCUGUUGCAGAAGUGAAAUCAAAAUUCUGGCCAACCUAUAAAGUAGGAGCUUCCACUUGGCCAGCCAUAGCAAUGAUUAAUUACAUAUUUAUACCUCCAAAGAAUAGGGUGCCAUUUAUAAGUGUAUGUAGUCUUAUAUGGACUUGUUUUCUUGCAUACAUGAAGGAGUUAGACAAGAAUAAAAUGCCAGAGCAUAGUCCUACCAAGUUACUAAAAAUG